AACAUCUACAGAUCUUCUGGUUUCUGUCUGUAAUGAAGACCAGAAGACAUCAGUGAAUCUGCUGGACUGUGCGAUAGAAGUGAAACAAGAAGAGACAGAAGCAGAUGAAGGUUAUUUGAUUUAUUCAGAUAAGAAAGUGAUAAAGGAGGAAAUUUCACAACUCAAUGAAAUGGAGGAGAAACCUCAUCAUUUGAUACCCAAGGAAGAAUCUCUGAGCUGUUCGAUAACUGUGAGGAAUUUGUCACCUAAAAGGAACAACAAGCAAAAGUCAAAAGUCAAAAAUGCUCUUAUUUGCCCUCAGUGUGGAAUAACCUUCACAUAUAAAUCUAUACUUAAUAAUCACAUGAGACUUCACACUGGAGAAAAGCCAUACAGAUGUGAUCAGUGUGGAAAGAGCUUCAUUCGUAAUGCCCAUCUCAAAAAUCAUAUGAGAAUUCACACUGGAGAAAAGCCAUACAGAUGUGAUCAGUGUGGAAAGAGCUUCAUUCGUAUGUCUGAUCUCAACUGGCACAUAAGAGUUCACACUGGAGAGAAACCUUACAGAUGUGAUCAGUGUGAAAAGAGCUUCAUUCGUAAGUUUGAACUCAACAGGCACAUAAGAGUUCACACUGGAGAAAAGCCUUACAGAUGUGAUCAGUGUGGACAGACCUUCAUUUGUCAGUUCCGUCUCCAAAGUCACAUAAGAAUUCACACUGUAGAAAAGCCUCACAGAUGUGAUCAGUGUGGAAAGAGCUUCAUUCGUAAGUCCUAUCUCAACAAGCAUAUGAGAAUUCACACUGGAGAAAAGCCAUACAGAUGUGAUCAGUGUGGAAAGAGCUUCAGUCUUGAGUCCUAUCUCAAAAAUCAUAUGAGAAUUCACACUGGAGAAAAGCCUUACAGAUGUGAUCAGUGUGGAAAGAGCUUCAUUCAUAAGUUUGAACUCAACAUGCACAUGAGAAUUCACACUGGAGAAAAACCUUACAGAUGUGAUCAGUGUGGACACACCUUCAUUUGUCAAUUCCGUCUCAACAUGCACAUGAGAAUUCACACUGGAGAAAAGCCAUACAGAUGUGAUCAGUGUGGAAAGAGCUUCAUUCGUAAGGCCCAUCUCAAAAAUCAUAUGAGAAUUCACACUGGAGAAAAGCCCUACAGAUGUGAUCAGUGUGGAAAGAGCUUCAUUCGUAAGUGUGAUCUCAACAGGCACAUGAGAAUUCACAGUGGAGAAAAGCCUUACAGAUGUAAUCAGUGUGGAAAGAGUUUUAAGAAUAAAUGGCACCUUAAUGAGCACAAAAAAGCCCACACUGGAAAAAAACCUUACAGCUGUGAUCAGUGUGGAAGAACCUUCAUUCGCAAGCCUGACCUGAAUAGGCACAUGAAAAUUCACACUGGAGAAAAACCUUAUAGAUGUGAUCAGUGUGGAAAGCGCUUCAGGGGUACGUGGAACCUUAAACACCACAUGAAAACUCACACUAGAAAAGAGAGUGAUCAGUGUGAAAUGAGCGUCGUUGGUACGUUUGAUCUCAACAAUCACAUGAGUAUUCACACUGGAGAAAAACCUUACAGAUGUGAUCAGUGUGGAAAGAACUUCAUUUUUAAGUCCCAUCUCAACAAUCAUAUGAGAAUUCACACUGGAGAAAAGCCAUACAGAUGUGAUCAGUGUGGAAAGAGCUUCAUUCGUAAUGCCCAUCUCAACAAUCAUAUGAGGAUUCACACUGGACAAAAGCCAUACAGAUGUGAUCAGUGUGGAAAGACUUUUAUUCGUAAGUCUGAUCUCAACUGGCACAUGAGAAUUCACACUGGAGAUAAACCUUACAGAUGUGAUCAGUGUGAAAAGAGCUUCAUUCGUAUGUUCCAUCUCAAAAGGCACAUGAGAAUUCACACUGGAGAAAAGCUUUAAAAAGCUGAAGAGUUCAGAUGCAAAUGCCACCUCCAUCAAUUAUGAGAUAAUGAUAUUAACCGAAUGCUCUUGGCAACUAUUAUACAUUUAUCAAAUACUUCGGGCUUCUACUUGGCUAAUUCUCAGCCUCAGGCUAUUCAGAAAAUACAGUUUGUUGGCAGAAUCCAUUAAGAGUCUGAUAAAAUUGAAAACUGGGUUUGUAGUUCAACAGUUAGAUGACGAUAUGGACAUGUUACACAUUUGCAAAUUGUCUUCCCUCUAACUAAAGGUUCAAGUCUGGUGAACCCUGUUCUGCAAAUUCGUAUCACGUGGCGAUAACCGGUAUGUCACGGCUAGGGCUGGGACGGUUGUCAUAACCAUCGUGGUGGUUAAGUGCGAUUCGCUGUGGUUUGCACGUCACAAACUAUGAAAAAUAUAAAGUACAAUCUUGCCCAGCGAGAGUUCUUCAAGUUCGCGUGAACGCAAACGGCCAGCAUACUCCGAGUUAGUGCACUAUUUGCAAGGGGAGGCAACUGAUAUCAGUGAUGACCCGCUGGCUUGGGGUCAGAACAAUGAGGCAAGAUAUUCUCUUUUGGUCAAGGUAUCAGAACAUGUUUUCAGCAUGGUUGGAAACCCGGAAAAGAUUUCUCACCUGAACAGUGUGUUGUUUCAUGGAUGGAAGUGCUACAAGAAAUGCCCAAACACAUAGUCUCAAUUGCGUCACAUUUCGCGUUGCGUAAAACGUGACCGCUCUGCUUUCAUCCUCUUCAAAGCGCUUGGACGCUCCAGAGCGUCUGGGUGAUUCUCACGAAACCAUUGAAACACCACGGCACUAAUGAUUUUAGCUUUAAAAUGUGUAAUAUAGUAACAUUAAAAAGCAUCAGAAUUAACACAAUACUGUGUUCUACCUUGCACAAUGUGUGAUUUCAACAUAAGAAUUUAUAAUUGGAAAUUUUAUCUCAUUUUCUGCUGAAAUUCUCAUUACCGCAAUGUGUCCGGCUGUGUUUGAACAUGCGUUAUGUUGUAAUUUAAUCAAAUUAACACAAAAAUAUUAGGGAAAAAAAUGGAUGUUUUGCUAGACUACUUUAGAUGACAGAAAAAAUAUUUACUGAAUAUUCAUGUAUAAUAAUAAUGAAGAAAAAUUAGGAAAAUGAUGUGUCCAUGCCUGAUGUUCUCAUCCUCCGCAACACUUUUUGAGAACAGUUUAAGCACACAUACAGAAUUUUAAUAAAGUUUGAUUUUGAGUGACCAAGCACAUGGACCAGUUACUUCAAGAUGGCUACCAGAUAAGAUCAUUUUUUUACAGUUAAUUUGAAAUAUUGUCUUGUCAGAAUGCUUACACAACAUUUUGAUUAUCAUUAACGCAACAGAUGCUUAUUAAAUGUUAAUUUAAUUAAUAGAAGCAUAAUACUUUGAUUUUAAAUGCAUGUGCAGAAUCUCCAAAUUAUGUUCUUUCAGGUUUGUCAUGUCAUUUUGAAAAUAUGUCAGUGUUGAUGUUUUCUGACUGUUGCGGUAAUGAGAUUUUUUAGGACUAAUUUUUUAAAUUAUGUUACAAAAAGUGUUAAAUGAUAAGUAAAAGUUUUUAAAUUAAUGUUCCCAUUUACUCCAGACUUUGUUUUUCAAUGUCUGGUGGGGAAAAAAGUAAAUUUAAGCAAUUUUUACAUUUUCAUGCUUGACAUUUUUAAAACCAAGUUUUCGUGAGAAUCACCCGUCUGCUGUUGCUAAGUAACCUAAGCAUUGUUUUAUGAGGCGCGGUUGUGGACAAAUGUGAAGUGAAUGCCGAGAGAGAGAGACAAAGUGCGUGAAAGAGACAGAGUUUGUGUGCUCUUGUACUCAUUAACCAGAAAUUAACCUAAGAAAUAACACCACCUCAUAAGCACGGCAUGGUCUUGUAGAAAAUCAUCAUUAGCCAACAAACUUACCUCUGACCCAACAUAAAAUCACAUAUAAACAUGAAAUAUCACAGAAGCGCUCAGUUCAGUAAAAAUCUCUGUUGCAAUGAAUUCACAUAAAAAACUGAGGAUUGCAUGAAAUUACGCUCCAGCACAAGUUUCAGGCUUUCCCUGACUCUCUCUCGCACAUUGUCUCGCGGACGCUUGUCCUUUCUCACGCACAUUCCCUCUCUCUUGCAGCAUUCGCUUUACUUUUGUCAACUUUCGCGCCUCAUAUUGCUUGACGUUGUAAACAUUGUAAAAUAUGUGACAACAAAUGUGAUAAAGUGCUGGGCAAGUAGGGGCCGAUGAAUACGAAGUUUGUGUAGGAUCAUCUUGUAAAGUUAAUUUUUUAAUGAUUCAGACAUAUGCUAUUAUUAUAUGAAAUCAUAUAGAAGUCUUUCUGUUUGAAAUUUUGUAUGUAAAGUUAAUGGUGUUAUUUGUACUCUGGAGAUUUGAUUCACUUGAAUGUAUUGCUGUCACUAUGGCAUAUCAACUGCUUUGUUUAAAUUAUUGUACAAUAAAGCUGAAAUCCAACCUGAA